AUGGCAGCUCAAAAUUCCAAUUCGGAGGGCCAAGAGAAAUGGCCCGAAGACACCGAGAGGAUCUCCCAGGACAUAGAGUCUAUCGAUUCAAUUUCCACGGUAGACACUCAUACCGACUGCGAUGCGCUAGGAAAGACGUUAACGGCUCGCGCCUCGAGAACUUCGCAUGUGUCACUGUCGGAGCGAGUAACGACAAUCGCAACUAAUGCCACCGCCGACCCGGACUAUGAGGUCGACUGGGAUAGCGAGGAUGACCCCGAGAACCCCAAGAACUGGGAUUUCAAGUAUAAGUCCAUGGGCAUCUUGUUUCUGUCAUGGAACACUCUCAUCGUCGUGUUAUAUUCAACUUCUUAUACGUCAGGCAUUACAUUGAUGGCCGAGGAAUUCGGCGAGUCCAAGACUAUCGUCACCCUUGGCUUGACCUUCUAUCUGUUUGGUCUCGCCAUUGGGUCCAUGGUCAUGGCCCCGUUGAGUGAGGUCUACGGACGGAAACCUGUCUGUGUAAUUUGUCUAGCCGUAUUCACAGUCCUAAUCAUCCCCUGCGCCCUUGCAAAGUCCAUCACGGCACUGAUCGUUGUUCGCUUUAUUGCUGCUUUCUUCGGCAGUGUCAUGAUCUCUACCGCGCCUGGUAUGGUGGCUGAUUUGGUGGACGAUGAGCACCGUGCUCUGGCGAUCUCUGUUUGGAGUAUUGGACCUCUCAAUGGACCAGUCGUUGGUCCUGUUAUCGGAGGAUUCGUGACUGAAUAUCUUGGCUGGCGCUGGAUGUGCUGGAUUGCGCUCAUUCUCUCUGCUGUUGCCUUGGUCUUUGCUAUCAUCCUCAAGGAAACCUACGCACCAGCCAUUCUCCAAAAGAAAGCAGCCAAACUCCGCAAGGAAAGCGGCGAUUCCCGCUGGUGGAGUCGCUACGACCAAACGGCGAGCCUUCCCGAGAUCCUCAAGCUGAGCUUAAGCCGGCCAUUCGUAAUGGCAGUCACUGAGCCAAUCUGCAUCUUCUGGGACAUCUACAUCGCAAUCAUCUACGGUAUCCUGUACCUCUGCUUCGUAGCCUACCCAAUUGUCUUCCAAGACAUCCGCGGAUGGGAACUAGGCAUAUCCGGACUUGCCUUCCUAGGAAUCGGCAUCGGCGUCCUCCUCACAAUCGCCUGCGAACCCUUAAUCCGGCGAAUAAUCAAUAGCCAUGCCAAAGACCCCGAGACUGGCAAACCAUACCCAGAAGCAAUGGUCUCGUUCGUCUGCAUAUGCGCCGCAGUCAUCCCAAUUGGCGAGCUCUGGUUCGCAUGGACCUGCUCCCCAGCCUCAAUCCCUUGGAUCGUGCCCCUGCUCGCGGGUAUCCCGUUUGGUGCGGGAAACACCGGCGUCUUCAUCUACGCGUCAAAUUACCUGACUCACAGCUACGGCAUGUAUGCUGCUUCUGCUUUGGCAGGCAACUCGGUUAUUCGCAGUGUGCUCGGUGGUGUUCUGCCACUUGCUGGCGCUUCUAUGUAUGCCAGCCUGGGGCCGAAUUGGGCUGGCACUCUGCUGGGGGUGUUGGAGGUUAUUAUUGUGCCGAUUCCGUUUGUGUUUUAUAAGUAUGGGCAUAAGAUUCGCAUGAGAAGUCCUCUCAUUCGGCGCAUGCAGGAGGAGAAUAUGAAGUUGGAGGGGAAGCGGGCUAGGAGGCAGCUUCAGCUUCAGCAGGCGAAUCAGGCGAAUGAGGAGAAGGCAAAAGAGGUGGUCUAG